CGCUGCUAACGCUUACGUCGACUUCUGCAGCAAAAUGGCGUCGUCGACAGCAGUAAGGGAGACGGAUCGGUUCGGUUCUACAUUUAUGUCUCAAAAACAACCCGCAAGGACGAUGGAACGGUGGUUCAGGUAUUUUGACAGAAAAUUCCUCUUAUUCCUGUCGUUAGCCUCGUUGCUGCACUGUGCUUCGGGGGACGGCAAGACGUUGGUGCUGCUGGACAACCUCAACAUCAAAGACACCCAUUCAAUCUUCUUCCGCAGUCUGGCAGACCGCGGCUUUGACCUGACCUUUAAGACCGCCGAUGACCCCUCCUUGUCUUUGAUCAAAUAUGGACAGUUCCUGUACGACCAUUUGAUCCUCUUCUCGCCAUCAGUUGAGGACUUUGGUGGAAACAUAAAUUUGGAGACCAUCACAUCCUUUAUCGAUGGUGGAGGCAAUGUCCUAGUUGCAGCCAGUUCAGACAUUGGUGACCCUCUCAGGGAAUUGGGCAGUGAGUGUGGUAUUGAGUUUGACGAGGAGAAGACUGCUGUCAUUGAUCAUCACAACUAUGAUUUGUCUGAUCCCGGCGAGCACACUUUGAUUGUUGCUGACCCAGAGAACCUGCUGAAAGCUCCUACUAUUGUUGGCAAGCCCACUAAUAAACCUGUCCUGUUCAAGGGUGUUGGAAUGGUUGCUGACCCAGACAACCCGCUUGUCUUGGAUAUUCUCACUGGUUCUUCAACUUCUUAUUCUUAUUUCCCUGACAGACCCAUUUCUCAAUACCCUCACGCUGUGGGCAAGAACACUCUGCUGAUUGCCGGACUCCAGGCCCGAAAUAAUGCCAGAGUGGUUUUCAGCGGCUCUCUGGAUUUCUUCAGUGAUGCCUUUUUUAACUCUGCUGUGCAGAAAGCCCGUCCAGGUUCACAGAGACAUGAGCAGACCGGAAACUUGGAACUAGCUGUGGCUUUGUCUCGCUGGGUGUUUAAGGAGGCAGGAGUCCUGAGAGUCGGCGCCGUUACCCAUCAUCCUGUGGGAGAGACCGCUCCUCCUGCAGCAUACACUGUUACUGACCUUGUGGAGUACAGCAUUGUCAUAGAAAUGUUGUCUGAGGGCCGCUGGAUCCCUUUUGAUGGAAAUGACAUUCAGCUGGAGUUUGUGAGGAUCGAUCCUUUUGUCAGAACUUAUCUCAAGAAAAACGGAGGUAAAUACAGCAUCCAGUUCAAGCUGCCUGAUGUGUACGGGGUCUUCCAGUUUAAGGUGGACUACAACCGACUGGGUUACACACACCUUUACUCCUCCACUCAGGUGUCGGUGCGUCCUCUGCAGCACACACAGUAUGAGCGCUUCAUUCCUUCAGCCUUCCCGUACUACGCCAGCGCCUUCUCCAUGAUGGGGGGACUCUUCGUCUUCAGUGUAGUUUUCCUGCACAUGAAAGAGAAGGAGAAGUCAGAUUAAUGCAGCAACAAAUGGAAUACAAGAAAAUCUGGGAUUAAACUUGUGAUGAAAAGAAUUGAAACCGAGGGCUUUGAUGGCUUGAGGUUUUUCACUCUGGAAAUUAAACUUUUUUUUCUAAAUGCGAGCGCUCGACAGUUAAAGGUUGCUGACUACAGUGUGAUUUCCUGAAGGCUCAUAUGCUCUAGGCUGUAAACUGUUGUAUAAUGUUGCAUUUGGCUAAAGGCUCUCAAAAAUGAUGGUAAAACUUUGCAUACAUGUUGCUAAAUACAAUUUUUGGGGAUGCAAGAACAUGCACUGAACAUGUCAGCUAUUGUCUUGGUUUUUUACAAAAAGUUUUUGUUUGAAAUAAUUUGGAGUCCUCUGAAAAAUAAAAUAUUGACAUUCCUUUAA